UCAGUUUUCCAAACAACUCGAAACUCGACUCAUCAACAAAUUCUAAAUUUUUGUUUGCCAGCUGUGCGCCCCGCUCCUUGGCAGAUUUUUAAGAAUGGCUUCGCCACAGCAAGAAUUCCCGGAAGCCUAUGAGAUCUGUAAGCAGUUCACGCUAACCGAAGACCAGAUGUUCGAGGUUGUUGAUCGUCUGACCAAAGAAAUUGAAAUGGGCCUACGGAAAGAAACAAAUUUACGUUCCACGGUGAAAUGCUAUAUUACGUACGUACAGGAUGUACCCUCAGGCAAGGAGCGGGGCAAGUAUCUAGCCCUGGAUCUGGGGGGUUCGAAUUUUCGUGUUUUAUUGGUUGAUCUUAAAAGCCAAACAGAUGUUGAUAUUCAGUCUAAGAGCUUUGUCCUGGGCAAGAAUCUACUGACUGGCUCGGGUAAAAGACUUUUUGAUUAUAUCGCUGAGUGCCUGGCCGAAUUUUGCAUAGAGCAAAGAAUUGCAUGGGAUAAUCUGCCAUUGGGCUUUACAUUUUCGUUUCCAUGCAAACAGACGGCCAUUAACAAGGGCGUCUUGGUCAACUGGUCAAAGGGCUUUAAAUGCCCAGACGUUGUUGGCCAUAAUGUUGUCCAAAUGCUGCAACAGGCAAUUGAUAGCCGUCUCGAUCUCAGAGUUAGGGUAGUUGCCAUACUAAGCGAUACGACGGGAACCCUGAUGGCUUGCGCCCAAAGGCAACCCAACUGCCGCAUUGGUCUGAUUGUGGGCAAUGUCUGCAAUGCCUGCUAUAUAGAGAAAACGGAAAAUACCGAAAUGUUUCAGAGAUAUCAGACUAGCCGUAAGCGGAACAUGAUUGUCAACUGUGAGUGGGGAUCCUUUGGAGACAAUGGCGUUUUGGACUUCAUACGCACAUCCUACGAUAAAUCUAUGGACCAGCUAACGCCCGAUCCAAUGAUGCAAACCUUUGACAAGUGCAUCUCUGGCGUGUAUCUAGGCGAAAUAGUGCGUCAAAUCGUACUGGAUCUAAUGAAGAAAAAUGUCAUUUUCAAGGGUCUCAUGUCGCAGGCCAUCCAGACGGAAUGGAAAUUCGAGUCUCGCUUUAUAGCUGAGAUUGAGUCAGAGCCCUUUGGCCAGUACCGCAGUACCGCCAUGGUCCUGAAUAGCCUGGGGAUCCGAACAUGCAACGAGAAGGAUCUCGCCUGUCUGCGGUAUAUCUGUGAGUCGGUAACAAGGCGUUCAGCUCAGCUCGUGGCCUGCGGGCUCGUUUGUCUGAUCAGAAAGAUGAAUGUCUGCAAGUCGUCAGUAGGUAUUGAUGGUGGAAUGUAUCGCUAUCAUCCGAAUUACCAUAGGCUCCUAAUUGAGAACAUGAACAUUUUGCUUAAGUGCUCAGCUGAAUACGAACUAGUUCUAUCCGAGGAUGGCUCAGGGCGCGGUGCGGCUCUAGUAGCUGCCAUCUACUCAUGCAAAUGAAUUGCAAUUCUCGACAUCAAUUACGUUAAGAAUCCUUACAGCGGCUAAUGAUCGUAGAAACGGGUUAAUCAAUAUCGCAAUGAUUGCCUGCGCCCACAGGCCAUCCAAGUGCCGCAUUAGCCUGAGUGUGGGCAAUGCCUGCUAUAUGAAGAAAACAGAGAACACCAAAAUGAUACAGAGGUAUCCUGUCACAGGCCAUUCAGACAGAGUUGAAGUUCGAGUCUCGCAGAGAUUGAUUCAAGCCCGCUUGGUCAAUACCGCAAUAUUGCCAUGGUCCUGAAUAACCUGCGAUACAUGUGCGAGACAGUAACAACGCGUUCCGCGCACCUCGUGGCCGGCGGGCUCGUCUGUCUGAUCAGAAAGAUGAAUGUCUGCAACUUGGCAGUGGGUAUUGAUGGUGGAAUGUAUAUACGUUAUCAACCGAAUAACCAUAAGCUGCUUAUUGACAAUAUGGAAAUGUUGAAGUGAUGAUGAAAUGCUUAAAUUUGUUAAGGAUCCUAACAGCGAUUAAGGAUCGUAAAAUUUAUCCAAUUUCAGAUCUGUCACUUUAUUUGAAAAAUGUUCAACAAGUAUUGCCAAUAUGAUGCAUUCCACUUGAUUUUCUGAAA